AGGUUCCUCCCCCUCAUGGUGUUCCAGAUGGUGACACAGAGUUCCUGUUUUCAUUCAGUCAGCAGAGGAGGAGGUAUAAAAGAGGGAGAAGACAGAAGACAGACAAACUGUGUCGGACAAUCCAGGGAGAAAGGACGGGAGCUCACUGUGGACAGAAGCCUCAAUUUCUUUGUUUCUGGAAAAAUCACAGUUCUGAUCUCUGGAUCUUUUUCUGACACAGAGAUGGAGAAGACAACUCAGGCUGCAACAGAACAAAUGACUUCGGGCAGGGAUCUGUCAGAACAAAUCAAAGAGGUUACUAAGGAGAACCAUGUCAGGGCAGAGAACACAGAGAUGAUGCUAAACUUCCAGAGAGGACAAGUAACCCUGACACAAUACAAGCUCCUGCUGUGCUCACUGUAUGAGAUCUACCGGGCUUUGGAGGAAGAACUGGACAAGAACUCAGACCAUCCCGGUGUUGCACCCAUUUACUUCCCUAGUGAACUGGCCAGACUAGAGUCCAUCGAGAAAGACCUGGAGCACUUCUAUGGACAAGAAUGGCGAGAAAGGAUUGUUGUUCCCGCUGCCACUGAAAGAUACUGCCACAGACUCAGACAGAUUGGCAAAGAAAACCCUGAACUUCUGGUUGCUCACACUUACACCAGAUACCUUGGUGACCUGUCCGGGGGGCAGGUCCUUGGUCGAAUCACACAGAAAUCCUUUGGACUGAAGAACAGUGUUGGCCUCUCGUUCUUCGCCUUCCCCAAUGUCUCCAGCCCCAAUCUGUUCAAACAGCUCUAUCGCAGCCGGAUGAACAGCUUGGAGCUGACGGAGGAGGAGAAGACUGGCGUACUGAAGGAGGCGGUCACAGCCUUUGAGUUUAACAUUCAGGUGUUUCAAGAUUUACAAAAGAUGCUUAGUGUCACUGGAGAGAAGCUGCAGAAUGAAGCAACACCGUCCAAAUUCAUGAAGACGCUCCAGUUUUCCCAAACUGCCAUCAGUACUUCCCCUGUGCUCAGAAUGUUGCUGGGACUCUUCGUGGCUUUGGCCACAGUCACACUUUUUGUCAAAUUUUAAACGGUGACGAGUUUGUUUUUUGUUUGCCAUGUACAACAAAAUCCUAAAAAUAAAUUUAACCCGUUUAAUUCUUCAGGACUGUACCAGUCUACAAAUGUCACAUGCUGUGUAGCACUUUGGAAACGUUUGUGAACUUUUCUUAUUGUGUAUUUAUGACUGAAUUCUGAACAAGUUUACUGUUACGGUUUGCAAUGAAAUGUGCAAUCACCUGCUCUUAAUGACUGUAAAUAUGAAUAAAAACAAAUAAAGUUAAAGA